UUCGCCUGCAGCAGGCUCAGUAUCAUUCCCGCUCCCGUCCCACAGAACCUUAAUUGCUGCGGCGUGCCACCUUUUUUGCGAUUCCCUCACCGCACCGGCUCAGAAACGUCAUCAACACUAUAACCAAACCCGAAGGCUCUGAUGGUUGUUACUGUCUGUAGUCGCUAAUUCGCUACGUAUCACAUCACUCAAUCAACAUAACGGCGGACCAUGGACCUCUCGUCCAUUCUCAACGCCGACGCGAAAAGACCGCCAGAACGGACGCCGGAGCAGACGAGGCAUUCUCGUACGGCGUCGACCACGUCUUGCCCACUUCCGAUCCGGUCCCACGGUCACGAUCGAGGACGCGAGAGUCCGCUCCGGUCAACGGUUGCGCUGAGCGAUGGCGCGAGUUUGAGGUUGCGGACGCCAUCGCCUACUUAUAGCAAUUAUUCGGCUGGACAGAGAGAUGAGCGACGGAGAGAGAGUGUGUCAUAUCCUGAUGAUCACGAUCAUGAUUCACCACGGCGGAAACGGACACGUGUCGUUGACGAGGAGUUGCGAGCGCUGGAAGUGGGGAGUGGAGAAGAUGACGAAGAAAGUAAUUCUGAAGAAGAGGACGAGGAUACGGCGGGUGAGGAGGAGGGGGAUGAGGGGCCGAUUGUGGAUGGGGAUCACGCGCCUCGCCGAGCAUCGCACCAACAAACAGAAUCGCGAAACCCGUUUAGUAAUCCGGCGAAUACGGACAAGAAGGGAACAUUACCAAAAGUUUACGCAUGUCAGCACUGCGGGAAAGCGUUCGCUCGACGAUCCGACCUCACCCGUCACGAACGCAUUCACUCAGGUGUUCGACCAUACCCCUGCCCUCACCCCACCUGCGGCAAGAGCUUUAUCCAACGCUCAGCCCUGACAGUCCACCUACGCGUCCACACAGGCGAAAAACCCCACGCAUGCGAUUUCUGCGACAAAGUCUUCGCCGAUUCCUCUAGUUUGGCACGACACAGACGGACGCAUUCGGGGCGGAGGCCGUACACUUGUGAGAGACCGGGGUGUGGAAGGACAUUUACGAGGAGGACAACGCUGGUUAGACAUUUGGAGGCACACGAUGACCAGGAUCGAAGGGAGACGCGUCAGAGACAUGAGGGGUUUGGGGAAAUGCGGCCACCGGCGGACGCGAUGAGUGUGCAUACGGGGAGUCCGACGACGACGUGGUCGAGCUCGAUGCCGAGUCCGUCCGUGCUGCAUUUCGAAGGCGGUGGACAUCGGAGGACGUUGUCGUCUGUCAGCGCUACAGGACCUCUGCCUCCGCCGCAUUGGGGAACACCAGUAAUGCAGUCGAGGUCGCGGACGCCGCCGUUACGGGGGAUCACGGAGUGGAGUCAUUCUCCCGAGCAGCGGCAUACGGGCUUCGGACGAGCGACGUCUGCGGCGCAUUUCAGACAGUAUUCGGGACCGAGUGCGUUACCUGAUUAUUCGCCUUCGAUGGGGUAUACGAGUAGUCGGUACAGACCUGGAGAUAGGAUGGGACAGGAUGCGCCGAUGUCGGCACCGCAGGGGUAUGGGCAUGGGUAUGGAUAUCAGCAGGGUCCGCCGCCGGAGAGGUUCACGCACGAUAUACCGUCACCGAUGCAACAGGGUUACGGGCCGUACCAGCAAGGACCACAGCCGAUUCCUCCACCUUUCCGGUUCCCAGGGCCAUCGCCUUUUGGGAGCGCAGGUGGCCACCCGCCUUCACCCAUGGCAUCCCGUCUCCCUCCGCCUCCACUCCGGGGCUUCAGCGAACAACCACCCUCUCUCCCACCUCUCCAGAGUUUCGGAGGCGGUGCACACCCACCUCCUCUCCAAGUGAUGGAACCAAGAGAACUAGACGACGAGGAACGAGCCGCGGCAGCGACGAUUACCGGCCUCGGUUUCACCAAUGUACGAUUUGGCGACAGAAAUGAUCGAGCAAUGCGAAGAUAGGACGAUAUUUGGGUUUUGUGUGGGACUUUCGUUUGUGUUUUUCGGGGUAUACACGUGUUUGGGCAUGGCGGCGUUCUUUAUUCAUAUCAUCGAUAUCGUGCACCGAGCAAGCAAGCUAAGAGUUUGGAUUGGGUAAUGGGAGUAUUAGCAUAAGCCUAGGAAAUCUCGAGCAUUCUUUAUCCUUG